AUGCGAUUGCCGAACCUGAUAGACGACAUGGCCAACCCCGCGGAAGAAGCAUAUCGUCCCCAGGUGAUCCGAUACGUAGACUCCGUCCUUCAUGAGUCACCGUGGAAGAUCGUCGAGGAGACAGGGUUCACAGAGGAUGGCCUGCUUCAGAUCCGGCGCAACCAUCCACUCGUCAACCGGUACAACAAGUCGUUAGCGGUCGGCCUUCGCCACAAUCACGACGUCUCGAUGAUCUUUACCAAAACCAAGGGCUUGGCCAUGGUGUACUACAUCACGAACUACGCCACCAAGCUGGAUACGCCGAUGUGGAAGCGCAUUGCUCUCGCCGCCGAGGUUGCCCGCCAACUUCGCGAAGCCGGUCGUCCGACGUCUCGCGCACCAGGUCCCGCCCUGCCCGACGACAGGCAGCAGGCAGUAUUGAACGAAAGCCGUCAAUUCCUGAUGAGAACGGCAAAUCGUAUCUUCUCCGAGCGGCAACUCUCGGCUGUGGAGGUCUGUUACCACCUCCUUGGAUAUGACACCGACUUUACCAACGUGCCGCAUUGGUCCUUCCUGAACUUGACGGCCCUCUACUGGACAAUCUUUCGACUGUGGGCGCAUCUCCGCCAUCAGGCCGGCGAGCUGACGGACGCCGAACAGCCCCCGGAGACAAUCCCUCUGAGGCAAGGAGGGCGAACCCUUCUAUGCCUAGAAGCGUACGCCUACCGCGGUCAUGUUCUACAAGACUUAUGCCUGUAUGACUACAUGUCAAUGAUUCACUUGGAUUCCGACUGUGACGGCUGGAUGCAAAAGCUUCGACGGCCCGACCAGUACGCUGUCCCGAUCUUCCAAGGAUACAUCAGCGACCACCAUGAGGACGAUCACCCAGUCUAUAUUAAGCGAAAUUCUGUCCUACAUUUGGCGUUAUUCGUCCCUUGGGAAAACUUCAUUUCUGAGAGUCUGGGCGAUAUAACCGACAUAUGGACGAGGCAUCGAGCAGGGCUUUGUCCCCGCCUCCGUUUCUACGUCUCCAACAUUUGUCUUUUGAGAAAGUCUGCUGAGGAUGCGCGUAAGGACGCGAAGCUCUGGGCCACUCGAUCGGAGGGUGACGACACAAUUGACGUCGAGUACCCACUUGACGAUGGCCGCUACGAAGAGGAGCCUCCAACAAUGGCUCAUCGUCAGGCCUACAGAGCUCUACUCCAGAUUUUUCGAAAUGCCGUGCAAGAUACAGACGCCACGAAAGACUCCCCCGUCCUUGGAGGUUUAAUACGCGACCUAUGCGAAGAGAACCCGGCUGAAGAAGAACAGCCUUUUGUGCAACGUCAGGACGAUCUAUACCGGAAUAUACCCCAAAAUCAAGUUGACGCCUUGUGCCAAUUUCGAAUAUCUCGAGACGAUGUCCAAGCAGCGGCCAAGGCCCAACAACUAUUGCAUCUUCGGAUGCUGGACGAUAUUGAGGGUGGUUCUCAGGGCACCGUACUAUCCACGAAUGGCGCCGGCAUUGACGAUACCCUAGCUCGCUACGGCGAUAUGGAGUCCGCCGCUGCGCUCCCAGGUAGUGACCUCAAUGAACAAGGGCCUCGGAUGCUUGUCGACGUUAGUCCGGUCACUAGCUUCGUGGAGAUGGGACGCACCACCGCGGCUAGCUUUACACUGAACUAUCUACAGACCAUGGCCCUUCAACUCGUUUGCGUAUUUCUGGACAAGUAUACUGCCAAUCCGGACUCAGCUGGUCAACAUCUCCAGUAUACCGGCGGGCCAGGUGGCACAGGAAAGUCGAGGAUCGUCGAUGCCCUGAAGGACGUGUUCGCGGCGAGGAACCAGCCACACCUUCUGCAGAUAACCGGCACAUCAGGCAGUUCGGCGGCCCAUAUUGGUGGCACGACCAUCCACUCGGCCUGUGGGUUAGAUUCCCAUCGCGAUCCAAACAAACCGCCUCCCCCCUUCUCGGAGGCCAAGAAGUGGAUAUGGAAACAGAAGCUGGUACUCGUGAUUGACGAGGUCAGUAUGCUGGGAGGAGCCACUCUGCACAACGUCAGUCGUCACCUGCAGGCACUCCGUGACUGUCCGGACGAACCGUUUGGCGGGAUGCCCGUCGUUCUACUGAUGGGAGACUUCUACCAGUUCGCCCCCGUGCGGGAAACAAGCCUACUGAUCAUCAGACCGCCGGACCGAACAGAGACCCCCCUGCGACAAGCGACCAUCCCUCACCACAGCGGCUGCAGAUUGUGGCAUCUGUUCAAAACCGUGGUGCUCCUCGAAGACCAAGUCCGCGCACGCAACGAUCCCCAGCUCCGCGCACUCCUGGACCGAGUCCGUAACGGGCGCCAGACACAGCAAGACCUGGACUUGCUCAACGCCAACAUCGUAGGACGCUCCCAAAUCACCUUCCACGAUGGUUUGCGUGCUAUAACGCCGCUGAACCGCACCCGGUGGGCCCUCAGCAUGGAAGCUGUCGUGGGCUGGGCGCGCUUCAACAAGCGCCAUAUCCGUAUCUUUGUCUCGACUCACACCUGGCGCAACGGCACGCUUUCUCCAAACAUCGUAGCGCGAACCAUAGGACAAGGUGAUGACUCCGCCUGCAAGGUCCCCGGCGUCUUCUUCUACGCUCAGGGCAUGCCUGUAGUUGUGAACAAGAACAUCUACACUGGCUUGAAAGUUGUGAAUGGGGCCGACUUUACUGCCGUGGACGUAAUACUCGAUCCCAGUCACCCAGGAUACCACUUGGCGGAUGACGUGACCAUUCACUUCGGGCCACCGCUCGGCAUUCUUCUGCAGUCCGAGGAGGCGAAAAGCUUGGCUAUACCGUCCCUCCCGGUGGGGACAGUGCUCAUCCGCCCCAUGUCGCAUACGCUCGAUUCGACCAACUCUCACUUCAAAUUCUUGUCGGCAAGAUGCACACGACGUGGAUUACCCGUUGUACCAGCGUUCGUCCUCACUGACUAUAAAUCCCAGGGCAAAACGUUUGUAGAAGUACUCUUGGAGCUGCGCGGCAAUCGCGUAACCAAUGGCGAGCCCUCCAAAUGCGAUUUCACGAGCCUCUAUGUUCAACUGUCCAGGUGUACUACGCUUCAUGGCAUCAAGCUCCUCAGUCCCGUGAGAUACCAGGAUUUUAUUGACAAUACGCUAGAUCGAGCCAUGGUUGAUGGAAUGCGCAGACUCACAAACUUGGCGGCGCAAACGAGACGGGCAUAUGAGGGUGGCGAUGCAGAAAAGCGGUGA